AUGCCGAUCUUGAAAUACUCUUUGAUUUCUUAUGAAUAUGAAAAGACUUAUGAGUCUCGCAUUAAAAAAUUGGAAGUUAAAAAUGCCAAACUAGGUUUACGUAACCAAGAAUUGAUGGCAAAAAAUGCUGAGUUAGUUGCUCGAAUUAAAGAAUUGAAGGCUUCUAAUAAUGGAAGGAACGAUCAUAAGAAAUUCGACACGCAAAUGAAGAAGUUGAAGGCUACAAUUAAUGGAGUGAGAUAUGAAUACGCAAAAUGA